UUUCUAUCAGACCAGACCAACUCAACUCAGACCUUCACAUUCUCUACUGAGAUCUUUUCCUUGAACAACAAACCUCUCAGGUGCUUCCUCAUUUUCUUCUACACACCAAAAUCAACAAGUAGACCAUGGCAAUUCGUUUAACUGGAAGCCUUGCCAAGCAAAUUUUCCGCCGAUCUUCAAAAUCUUUUGAUGUGCCAAAAGGUUUCGUGGCAGUAUACGUUGGGGAGACCGAAAAGAAGCGAUUUGUGGUUCCAGUAUCCUAUCUGAACCAGCCUAUAUUUCAAGAUUUGCUAUGUAAAGCUGAAGAAGAGUUUGGCUUUGAUCAUCCAAUGGGUGGUUUGACAAUUCCUUGUAGAGAAGAUACUUUCAUCCAUGUCACUUCAAGCUUGAGCAGAUCAUGAGAGAAUUCUUGAAGUCAUUCACUGAAGAGUGAACAGAGUUUUGCCUUGUAGGAAAUGCAAUUCAAUGUAAAUAAUUUUCUUUUUUUUAUAGCUGAAAAGCUUUAUGAGAAGGAUUGAAAAAAUAUCCUCAUGCAUGUAAGAAUCAUUACUGAAAAGAAACAGUUUCUUUCUUAA